UAAAACAAGGUCGAAACUCGGAAGCUGUGCUUGUGAACGGAUUUGAUAUUGCUGUAGAAAGCCUAUUUACCAAUAAAAAACAUAUUUCCUUUGUUUUCCUUGGAUAUGUAAAAAACUCCAAUGGGCUUCUCUCCCUUUCCUUUCUCACAGGCCCCGCUUCCUAUCAGCUUUAAUCAUUCAUUAGUACUUGUCGUCGACGCCGAUUCAAGCAGUUUUUACCGUAUUGCAAUGGCAUCGACAAGUGGGGAAGUUCAACAGAAAGGGAAAGAACAGGUUGGACAAGACAAAGAGCAGUCGGCGAGAACGUCUGACAAGAUAACCAAACCAAAGAGAAAAUGGUAUCCUGCGGACGACGAACCAAGAAAGCGAGUCCAUCGGAAAAAAGUGCAGAAGCCUACCAAAUUACGUGCUUCCAUUACUCCUGGCACGGUUUUGAUCCUUUUGAGUGGUCGCUUCCGAGGAAGGAGAGUAAUAUUCUUAAAGCAGCUCGCAAGUGGCCUUUUAUUGGUUACAGGACCAUAUUCAUUGAAUGGAGUUCCUAUGCGUAGAGUUAAUCAACGUUAUGUUAUUGCAACAAGGACCAAGGUUGAUAUUCAAUCAGUGGAGAUCCCAGCCGUAGAUGAUGACUGGUUCAAGAAGAAUAAGAAAAAGCCAAAGACAGAGGAAAUGACAGAUACUGGGAAAACAAAACUUCCGGAAACUUUUAUCAAGGCUCAACAAAGUCUAGAUUCUCAACUUGUUCCUUUAGUGAAGGAAGUACCGUUCUUGAAGAGUUAUCUAUGUUCUAGAUUUUCACUAUCUUAUGGACAAUUUCCUCAUGAAAUGAGAUUCUAAUCGGUUCAACAACAGAUGCGAAGGCAUUGUUGUGGAGCAGAAUAAAAAAGAAAACGAUUCCUUUCAUUCUUUUUUUUUGGCUUUGGGAUUCGUAGAGCUUCUUGUAGUUCUGCUUCUCUAACCACAACUUCUUGAAAACAACACGUAAUAAAGUGUUGUGUGUUAUG